AUGUCAUCUCAUGAAAUCGUUAUUAUCUGGUUGGAUAAUUACAUUGGUGUUCCUGGUAGUUAUGUUCAUCUCAAAGAAGCUUUUUCUACUACCAUUGAUCCAACAUAUCCGUAUCCAAUAAGUCUAUAUGAUCGAGAUUCAAUUACAUUUAACUUAAAUAAAACAGAUUCCAUACCUCAAUAUCAAUCUCAAGGUCCUUGUGAAUUGCAAUUCUUUACUGAUGAAGAACAAUGUUUAAAGUCUAUAAAUACAUGUUUCAAUACAAAUAAACAAAUAUUUUUAAUUCUACCUGAUUAUGUUCGAAAAAAAUUUUUCUUGCGUAUUUAUGAACAACAUCCAGAAGAAUUUGAAAAGACUGAAAAUGAUAUAUCAAUAAGAUUUUAUAUAUUUAUCUUUAUGCCUAAAAUUGAAGAAUGGUUUUUUGAGUAUGAAGACUGUCUUCGAUUUUAUUAUCAUGAAGCUGAUCUUUUGUAUACAUUAACACGAGAUAUAGCUAUGUAUUAUAUGAUGAUUGGUGAGAAAUUAUGUAACCGAAAUACACUGAAUGAUAUUCAGCAGGCACUAAUUUAUUUUCAUUGGGCUCAUAUACUUAUUUGUCGUGGAAAUGCUAUUUCAUCUUAUAAAGAAAUUGAACUUCAAAUUAAUUUAGAAACAAUGAUUAAUGAAAGUGAAAAAAUAAUUCAUUCUAUAGAAAAUGAAAAUUAUUUACAAUAUGAUUCCAUAAAUAAAUUAAUUGAAAAUAUUUUCAUUUAUUAUUCAACAGAAUUUAACAAUCAAGCAUUGAAAUUAGCGACAAUCUUGAAUCAAAUAAUAAAUAAAAAUCCAUUAUUAUUCAAUAAUUUAAAAGAUUUUUUUUUAAAUUUACAAUUAGAACAACAUAAAAAUGAACAUAUUUGUCCGAUAAUAAUAAUUUCAAAUAUUGAUAAUCAAACACAUAUUUUCGAAGAAUUGUCAUCAAUACAAUCAAUCGAGCAUUUUUAUGUUUUAAAUUUAAGUGAAAAUAAAUUAAUUGAACAAAACAAUGAUCGAACGCUAUUCAAACAAUUUUCAAAAAUUCGAAAUAUUCAUUCAAAUAUGAAAACACUUGUACUCGGAUGGAUAAUGGAUCAUUCAACAGAAUGUGAACAAAUUGGAGACUAUUUUCAAGAAAAUGGAAAUUUAAAUCAAGCAAUCUUGUACUAUAAAAAGUCCAUAAAACUUAAUGAAUAUCUAUCUGUUUUUAUUAAAAAGUAG